CAGAAGGAAGGAGAUCCAUGGUGAAAAUCUAACCAUCCAUUGGCUCACAUGUCAAUAGAGAUCCUGGGAAACAGGCAGGCGAACAGCUGACUGUUCUGCAAGAGGAGGUGGAAAUCCGCAGUCCCGCAUCCCUACGGAAAGGAAGAUCCACCAAGCUGUAGAACGCUGACAUUAACUUCCUUCUUGAUCCAAAGUAUAUUGUGAGGAUCCACUUUCAGCUGCUUGUUGGUAUAUAGGGUAACUGAAGACCACGCCCUUGAGUUGUCCAGCAUGCCAUCACCAAGUGUAGGGAGCAGAGACACAGGUGACCAUAGCGGCAGGAGCUCAUCUCCAGAGGGUCUCCCUGGACCAGGCCUGCUGUGUAAGGUGUGUGGAGACACCAGUAGUGGAAGGCAUUAUGGCAUCUAUGCCUGCAAUGGCUGCAGUGGCUUCUUCAAGCGCAGCGUAAGGCGAAGACUUGUCUACAGGUGUCAAGCCAGUACAGGAAUGUGCCCUGUGGACAAGGCUCAUCGGAACCAGUGUCAAGCCUGCCGGCUCAAGAAGUGCCUGCAAGCCGGCAUGAAGAAAGAUGCUGUGCAGAAUGAGAGGCAGCCGCGGAGCACGGCACAGAUACACUUGGAGGCCAUGGAGUCUAAUGGUGACAGCCCAUCAUCCCCCAUUGUGGCAUCUGCCCGGCCCCAUGCCGACAGCUCUGCCAGCUGCCCGGGUAACACCCAGUACUGCCUCAACACCCAGAAUGGCCACCGCUUCAUGGCCAGCCUGAUGACUGCGGAGACGUGUGCGAAACUGGAGCCUGAGGAAGUGGAUGAGCCCAUCAAUGUCACCACUAAUGAGCCGGAGAGGGAAUCGCCAGAACACCACAUGUCCCUGUGUCCGAGCAGCAGCAGCCCUGAGGACGCCCACGAGAUGUCCGCACGCCUGCUCUUCGUGUCAGUCAAGUGGGCAAAGAACUUGCCUGUUUUUGCCAGCCUGCCCUUCCGGGACCAGGUGAUCCUACUGGAGGAAGCUUGGAGCGAACUGUUCUUGCUCUGUGCUGCCCAGUGGUCUCUGCCCCUGGAGAGCUGCCCUCUGCUCUCACUGCCUGACCUUUCAUCCCCGCUGUUGGGCAGGGCCAGCUAUCCUGGCGCUGAUCUCUACUUGCUGGGAGACAUCUUUAAACGUUUCAAGGUCCUUGCGGUUGACCCCACUGAGUUUGCUUGCCUCAAGGCUAUUAUCCUCUUUAAGCCAGACACUGGAGGUCUGAAAGACCCAGAGCAAGUCGAAUACCUUCAGGAUCAGUCACUGGUGAUGCUGAGUCAGCACGUCCACUCACACUACCCCACCAAUCCAUCCAGGUACGGCAGACUGCUCCUGCUGCUUUCCUCUCUGCAUUUUGUCACAUCAGAACGCGUCGAGCUGCUGUUCUUCCACCGGACUAUUAGGAACACACCCAUGGAGAAGCUGCUAUCUGAUAUGUUCAAGCAUUAGAUGCCUGGGUGUCUGGACCUGCA